AAAAAAAAAAAAAAAAAAAAAAAAAAAACCCGCCGGAUCCGACCGCCACUUUCAAAACCCCCCACCGCUCUAGAACCGCGGGAGCUUCCGUCCCUGAGUAGAAUUCGAGGGUGUAAAGAAGAGGAAGGGGAAAAAAUCUUGUACCAGCCCAGGGGUGAAGAAGCCCCCGGCCUGAGAAAGAAGGAAGGAGGAGUGGGGGAGGCGAACAGUCUCGUUGCUGCCUCUGUGUACGCUGAGGGGGGAGGAGUUAUCUGUCUUAGAAGAAAGAAGCAAACCAUCAUUUUGCCCACGUAAAUAUAUGAAUAUAUUUCUGACAUUGAGGUGUUCCAGAAGAUGAUAAAGAAAUGAUAGCAGCUCCAGAAAUACCAACUGAUUUUAAUCUACUACAGGAGUCAGAGACACAUUUUUCUUCUGACACAGAUUUUGAAGACAUUGAAGGAAAAAACCAAAAGCAAGGCAAAGGAAAAUCGGUGGUAGAUGAUUGGAUAGAAUCAUACAAGCAUGACCGAGAUAUAGCACUUCUUGACCUUAUCAACUUUUUUAUUCAGUGUUCAGGCUGUAAAGGAGUUGUCACAGCAGAAAUGUUUAGACAUAUGCAGAACUCUGAGAUAAUUCGAAAAAUGACUGAAGAAUUUGAUGAGGAUAGUGGAGAUUAUCCACUUACCAUGGCUGGUCCUCAGUGGAAGAAGUUCAAAUCCAGUUUUUGUGAAUUCAUUGGCGUAUUAGUACGACAAUGUCAAUAUAGCAUCAUAUAUGAUGAAUACAUGAUGGAUACAGUCAUUUCACUUCUUACAGGAUUGUCUGACUCACAAGUCAGAGCAUUUCGACAUACAAGCACCCUGGCAGCUAUGAAGUUGAUGACAGCUUUGGUGAAUGUGGCACUAAAUCUUAGCAUUAAUAUGGAUAAUACACAAAGGCAAUAUGAGGCAGAACGGAAUAAAAUGAUUGGAAAACGAGCCAAUGAGAGGCUAGAACUCCUGCUACAAAAGCGGAAAGAGCUUCAGGAAAAUCAAGAUGAAAUAGAGAAUAUGAUGAAUGCAAUAUUUAAAGGAGUGUUUGUACAUAGAUACCGCGAUGCAAUAGCUGAAAUCCGAGCUAUAUGCAUUGAGGAGAUUGGCAUUUGGAUGAAAAUGUAUAGUGAUGCCUUUCUUAAUGACAGUUAUUUAAAAUACGUUGGUUGGACUAUGCAUGAUAAGCAAGGUGAAGUAAGACUCAAAUGUCUUACUGCUCUACAAGGGCUUUAUUAUAACAAAGAGCUAAAUUCCAAACUGGAGCUUUUUACCAGUCGGUUCAAGGAUAGAAUUGUGUCUAUGACCCUUGACAAAGAAUAUGAUGUUGCAGUACAAGCAAUAAAAUUACUCACUCUUGUUUUACAGAGUAGUGAAGAAGUUCUUACUGCAGAAGAUUGUGAAAAUGUCUAUCAUCUGGUUUAUUCAGCUCACCGGCCAGUAGCAGUAGCAGCUGGAGAAUUUCUCUACAAAAAGCUCUUCAGUCGUAGAGAUCCAGAGGAUGAUGGAAUGAUGAAAAGAAGGGGAAGACAAGGUCCAAAUGCGAACCUUGUUAAGACAUUGGUUUUUUUCUUUCUAGAAAGUGAGUUACAUGAGCAUGCAGCAUACCUUGUGGAUAGCAUGUGGGACUGUGCUACCGAGCUGCUGAAAGACUGGGAAUGUAUGAAUAGCUUGUUGCUGGAGGAGCCACUUAGUGGAGAGGAAGCACUAACAGACAGGCAAGAGAGUGCUCUGAUUGAAAUAAUGCUUUGUACUAUUAGACAAGCAGCUGAAUGUCAUCCUCCCGUGGGAAGAGGGACAGGAAAAAGGGUGCUGACAGCAAAGGAGAAGAAGACCCAGUUGGAUGACAGGACAAAAAUCACUGAACUUUUUGCUGUAGCCCUUCCUCAGUUAUUAGCAAAAUACUCUGUAGAUGCAGAAAAGGUGACUAAUUUGUUGCAGUUGCCUCAGUACUUCGAUUUGGAAAUAUAUACCACUGGACGAUUAGAAAAGCAUUUGGAUGCCUUAUUGCGACAGAUCCGGAACAUUGUAGAGAAGCACACAGAUACAGAUGUUUUGGAAGCAUGUUCUAAAACUUACCAUGCACUCUGUAAUGAAGAGUUCACGAUCUUCAACAGAGUAGAUAUUUCAAGAAGUCAACUCAUAGAUGAAUUGGCAGAUAAAUUUAACCGGCUUCUUGAAGAUUUUCUGCAAGAGGGCGAAGAACCUGAUGAAGAUGACGCAUAUCAGGUAUUGUCAACGUUGAAAAGGAUUACCGCUUUUCAUAAUGCCCAUGAUCUUUCAAAGUGGGACUUGUUUGCUUGUAAUUACAAACUUUUGAAAACCGGAAUUGAAAAUGGAGACAUGCCUGAACAGAUUGUUAUUCACGCAUUGCAGUGUACUCACUAUGUAAUCCUUUGGCAACUUGCUAAGAUAACUGAAAGCAGCUCUACAAAGGAGGACUUACUGCGUUUAAAGAAACAGAUGAGGGUAUUUUGUCAGAUAUGUCAGCAUUACCUGACCAACGUGAAUACUACUGUUAAGGAACAGGCCUUCACUAUCCUAUGUGAUAUUUUGAUGAUCUUCAGCCAUCAGAUUAUGUCAGGAGGGCGUGACAUGUUAGAGCCUUUAGUUUACACCCCUGAUUCUUCGUUGCAGUCUGAGUUGCUCAGCUUUAUUUUGGAUCAUGUCUUCAUUGAACAGGAUGAUGAUAAUAAUAGUGCAGAAGUUAGGGAUUAUGUGCUUAAAAAUGAUCUUAAAGUUUUGGUAACAUUAGUUCCUGUUUUUUAUUAUAAUGACUAUGGAGAUAUCAUCAAAGAAACAAUGAGUAAAACAAGGCAGAUAGACAAAAUUCAGUGUGCUAAGACCCUCAUUCUCAGUCUGCAACAGCUUUUUAAUGAAAUGAUACAGGAAAAUGGCUAUAAUUUUGAUAGAUCAUCUUCUACAUUUAGUGGCAUAAAGGAGCUUGCUCGACGUUUUGCUUUAACUUUUGGACUUGAUCAGUUGAAAACAAGAGAAGCCAUUGCCAUGCUACACAAAGAUGGCAUAGAAUUUGCUUUUAAAGAGCCUAAUCCACAAGGGGAGAGCCAUCCACCUUUAAAUUUGGCAUUUCUUGAUAUUCUGAGUGAAUUUUCUUCUAAACUACUCCGACAAGACAAAAGAACCGUGUAUGUUUACUUGGAAAAGUUCAUGACCUUUCAGAUGUCACUCCGAAGAGAAGAUGUGUGGCUUCCUCUGAUGUCUUACCGAAAUUCUUUGCUAGCUGGUGGUGAUGAUGACACCAUGUCAGUCAUUAGUGGAAUCAGCAGUCGGGGGUCAACUGUACGGAGUAAAAAAUCAAAACCAUCUACAGGAAAACGGAAAGUGGUUGAGGGCAUGCAGCUUGCACUCCCUGAAGAAAGUAGUAGUAGUGACAGUAUGUGGUUAAGCAGAGAACAAACACUGCACACCCCUGUUAUGAUGCAGACACCACAACUCACCUCCACUAUUAUGAGAGAGCCCAAAAGAUUACGGCCUGAGGAUAGCUUCAUGAGUGUCUAUCCAAUGCAGACUGAACAUCAUCAACCUCCCCUUGAUUAUAACACGCAGGUAACAUGGAUGUUAGCUCAAAGACAACAAGAGGAAGCAAGGCAACAGCAGGAGAGAGCAGCAAUGAGCUAUGUUAAACUGCGAACUAAUCUUCAGCAUGCCAUUCGGCGUGGCACUAGCCUAAUGGAAGAUGAUGAAGAGCCAAUUGUUGAAGAUGUUAUGAUGUCCUCAGAAGGGAGGAUUGAGGAUCUUAAUGAGGGAAUGGAUUUCGACACCAUGGAUAUAGACUUGCCACCAUCAAAGAACAGAAGAGAGAGAACAGAACUGAAGCCUGAUUUCUUUGAUCCAGCUUCAAUUAUGGAUGAAUCAGUUCUUGGAGUGUCAAUGUUUUAAUACCAGUACACAAUUAAAUCUCUGUUGGAGUCAUUUUCUAAAUGGAAGAGGAAAUUUUAAAAUUGUGGUAGAUACAGUGAAAUUCUGUACAGAUUUUUCUCUAAGGAGAAUAUGACAUGCUUAUGCUUACCAAGAUCAAGUGCAUUGAGGGGCAGUUUUGUUUGCCUGAAAAAAGUAAAGGACAAGUAAACAAUUUGAUGAUAAGCUACAGUUUUUUUUAGAAAGUAAAUAUUUUAUUUAUGCGCUGUUAGUUGGCUUUUGAAUCAAUUAUUUCAUGCUUUUUUUAAAAAAAUAUAACAAUCUGAAGAGGCAUUUGGUACAGAUAUGAAUCCUCUCACAUUUAUUUACUGGUUGUACUAAAUAAUGAUGGCCUCUGCUGGAUUUCUGUUUACAUCUAAGAAACGUUAAGGAUGAAUUUAUCCCCCCACCCUGAAAUUGUAGGAUAGAAUUGUUUUUAGCAUUCUAAAUUUAAAUGCUUAAAACAUCAGUCAACAAAACUUUGUUUUAAAUAUUGUAAUUGUGGAGAAAAGUAAACUUAUAAGCAAAACUUUUACAAUUUUUUCAUCUAAAAGUAUUUUAAGAUAUUUUUAAAAUCCAAGAGCUUCUCUAUACUUUUCAGAAAUAUCCAGAUGCAGUGAACUGCCAGAAGGUAACCCGUCUCAAACAUGCUUAUCCCAUUAUCAACCCUGAAAGUUUGCUUGUCCUUUAAGGUAAAAAUGUAAUGUUGUGAUAUUCCUUCCAGUAGUGCCACUGUAUUUUGUCUCCAAAUAAAAGAAGCUUAUUGUAGUAUGUUUGCAGAAAAAUUCUAAACAAAAAUUAUACAGCUUAUUAGAGUGUGGGAAUAGGGAUCUAAAUUUUAAAUAAAAUUAUAUAUAUAUAUAAAUUGGUGCUGAUUUUAUAAUUGCGCAGUUUGUUUAGUUUUUUCUUACUUUUAAAUUCCAACUUAAAAUUAUGAGGUUUCAGAAAUAUAUUGAAAGUUUAACAAUGUUUAAAAAUAGAAAAGCAUGAGUGUUCAUGCUUUAAAAUGAUUUUUAAAUUUGUAUUUUAUAUUGUUUUAUCUAUCUGUCUUUGCAAGCAGUCUUCAGGUUAAAGAUACUUCUAACAGGUUACAGUACAUUUCCUCUGUAUGUAAAUUAGAUGGGAUAAUAGAAUUCAUAACCCAUAAUAUUCUUUGAAAGCUAAGCUUUAAACUUCAUUUUAUGUCCUUUCACAAAUAAAUUAGUUUAAAACAGAAAGUGGCUACUUGCCAUUUUGACAUCAACUCAUUUUGCGAGGCUUAGGCAGCUAGACAUCGUUUAAAACAAAAUAUUAACUUAUAUUACAUGUGUAUCUAUCUUUUGUCAGUCGUCUCUCAGUUCUUGAGGUAUAUUAUUUUAAUCAUUCCAUGCCUUAAUAUGCUUGCAAUACAAGAAUAUCUUCAGAUGGGUGAAUACCAAAAGGCUUUCAGUUUUUAGAUUCAGAAUCAACAAGCAUUGGGCUGUGGUAGCCAAAAACCAUAGGUUAGCUAAAAGAUCAUGAUAAAAAAACAAUUAUUUUAUUAAAUCAUGGUUAAUAACAAAUGAAACCAGACUUGUCUAACAGAUUUUCCAUCAACAAAUAUUGUUAUGUGCAAAAGUAUUGCCUAUGUUGUUUUACACACCACUGCAUUUACUAGAACUGCUGAGAGGACUGUAUAUAUGAUUUUAAACCUAAGUUGAUUUUUUUCUCACUCUUGAAAGGAGUACUUCUUUGUGAAAGCAGUUCUUACAGCUUUGUUUUCAACCAGCUAAAAAUGUUUUAUAUAUUACUCUAACCUGUUGUCCUCCACAUUCUAUUGUCCUAAUUGUACUGUUUUCUGAUUUGUAUUUAUGUCUUGAGACAGUAACUUUUUGAAUAAAAAUAAACCUACAA